CUUUCAGAUAUCCUGACACGCAUAAGUAGGAUCCAGAUCACAGAUAGAUCUAUGAACGCCACAAUGAGUGACAAAACCGCCGAAACUGUGGUAUCACAGGUCGAUGGCACACGCUCAAACGACAUGGUUGAUACAAAUAUUGGCGUAGACAAAGCACACGACGUUACCAACGCAGGAUUAGACUCAACGAUGCCGUCUGAAGAGCUUGUUAUGAAGGACGCAAGAGAAGCACCCCCAGCGACAACGAGUGAUGUGGCGCAGUUGACCGAAGAUGUAGUCGAUAAGGCGGGGGUUGCAUACAACGAACUAGCCAUUAAAGCAGUCAUUGAAUCCACACAAAGCAGAGUAUCAUUGUCCACCACACAGGUGCCAGAGACGAACCACUCAACAGCCGUACACACACGAGAUGAUAAUAUCAAUACAGAUACUUAUCCACCCACACUAGCCGAAAAUGUAGAUUUGAACCAUACCACAAGCAACACACGAGAUGAUAAUAUGAAUACAGAUACUUCUCCACAAACACUAGCCGAAAAUGUAGAUUUGAACCAUACCACAAGUAACACACGAGAUGAUAAUAUGAAUACAGAUACUUCUCCACACACACUAGCCGAAAAUGUAGAUUUGAACCAUACCGCAAGUAACACACGAGAUGAUAAUAUGAAUACAGAUACUUCUCCACACACACUAGCCGAAAAUGUAGAUUUGAACCAUACCACAACCACUCGGGGUGAUUCGUCAAAUACCUUAGAUGUCAGGAUCGGACCUUCACAACAUGCAGAGUACGCUAAAAGUACUGGUGAAAACAAUGCCUUUCACAGAAUGCAGACGAAAUUUGAAGCUAGCUACAUACCACACACGAGCAGUCAGGAGACAAGACAGCUUCCAUUCUCUCAAAAUACAUCAAUGCUGGAAGCCGCCGAGCUGCUAAGCAGUGUCUCUCGGGUUUCACACGCAAAUGAUGCGAGCAGAUCAGCUAUCCCAGCGUACACGAAUGAGGUAACCAGAACAGACAUGCCAGCACACGUAAGUGGUACAAGUAGAUCAGCCAUGACACCACACGUAAGUGAUGCAAGUAGAUCAGCCAUGACACCAUGCGUGAGUGAUGCAAGUAGAUCAGCCAUGCCAAGUAGACCAGCCAUGCCACCACACGUAAGUGGGAUAAACAGAAUAGGAAUGCCACCACACGUAAGUGAUCUCAGCAGAGCGUCUCCAUUCCCAAACGAAAGGGAUACGAGUAGGUCAGCCAUGUCGGAACACAUACGCAGGGAUGUCAGUAGUGCAAUAGACCAGUCCUACGUAAGUGGUGUAGGCAGAUCAGCUGUGCCACCACACGCAAGCAACGCUAUCGGAACAAUGAGCCAAGCACACGAGCGUGCAAGUACUGCUGCAAGGCUACCAAAGGAGAUGCCAUACGCUUCACUACCACACGAUAGUAGCGUGUCUAUGUUGUCACACGAGUGGCGCACGAGCAUACCCUCACACUCUACACCGGUUAUCGAUACAACAACACAAAGGAGUUCGCAUCCAAUGCCAAGCACAGGCAUCCAACAGAAUUCCGCCAGUGAUGAUCCUCGCCCCACACACAUGGCUGCGACUGUGACUGUAGCCACAGGCAGAGUCAUUAAGAAGGGGAAGCAAAGGUCAGUGCCUCGCUUGCUUGCUAGAUACACAGCAACGGAUGACUUCCGAAGCAGGGUCCAGCAGAUGGUGAACGUUCUAGAAUCCCAGCCAGAUCUGCUAGACAGGAUCGUGGCCGGUGCGAGAAAUGAAGUGAGAAAGGUUGUACGCGCUGGCCCGUCUAACCGUCGUUUGUCAGACGAAAGAGAGGAGAAAAUGGCAUCCAAGCUGUACGACUCCGAGUGGGAGAGACGUUUCGACCCCUCGAAGUUUUCGGAGUCUACCAAGCUACUUCGUGAAUCAAUGGAAGCCGCUUUGGCAGGAACGCCUGAAUCAGUCACGAUGAGACCCGAUUUGAAGCGGAUCUGGGCCGAUAUGGGGGAUCCGUAGGGCCCGUACCAUAGUACUGGUGCUCGCCGAAGACCAACGUAUUGUAAGUUCACAUCAUAUUACUACAUAGUACUCGCCAAAGACCAAACGACCACACCAUAGCACUUGUACCGGUCAAAACACCUAUACCAUAGUACUAGCACUCAUCAAGAUCAGCCACUGUACAUUCGUUCCACGACGGAUGAUGGUAUGCAUUCUUGCGGGGAGUACUCAGAACUCGAGCGUCGGUAUUCAAUUCCGAUUUAGCUGCGAUUGGCAGCGCACUGCUUCGGAUGGUUGGGCCCCACUUACGUAGGCUACUGACGAUUCUCCGCAGAGUUUCUGGAUAUAUUGUAGUCCGGCUCUAAUAAGAAACUGGUGAUGUAGAGCGCACUAUAUACAUUCGCACCCC